CUUCAGCCAACAUAUAUCUACCAACAGGUCGACACUGCCACAGGCUGAAAAGGAUUUGCAACAAUGCUGCUGCUCGUCGCUGGUAUCAUCACCCUCUCGCGUCUCCCCCUGUUGGUUCUCAGCGCUGAUGAGGGUAGAGACGCCCUUCUAUACCAAGUGGACAUCUUCCUGCCCCCUAAGGAAGGGAAGAAUGAGACAGCGGAUAUACUGGACAUUCAGGAGACAGUGAAAGAUCUAUCUGACAUCGAUGUCCUUUUUUCAUUCAAGGAACUCGGGAAUCCACGAAUUAUUCUUGUUCUUGACGUUGAGAAAGCAUGCAGUUGGCCCCAGUUGACAGGCUUUCUAUCAAGCAAAGGAUAUGAGUUCAAUGUCACAUCCCUCUACUACGACAGUGACUUCGCCCAGGAGCUCGGUGUCAACAUGACAAAGGAUAUGCUUGCGUCAUCUUUCGGGAAUCGUGACCUUCUGAUGGGCAAAGUGACAUUUCCUGUGAAAGGCUUGUCAACACUUGAAUACAACGACAUGAUUAAAUGGACGGUUGAGAGACAAGUAGACAUCAUAAACAACGGCCAGCAAUUGGCAUGUUUCAGAACUCUUGCCGAGUAUCCGGUAAAGUGGACAUUCUUUCUGCCAGUUACCCAACAUCGUAUAGACGAAUAUCAAGAAUAUUUCCAUGGACCUAGGGACUAUCAGCUUGUUGUCACACGAAUUGAAAACCUGGAUUCCUACACAGGAGUGUGCCAAGGAGUCUAAACCGAUGUGAACAUGCCACAUCAAACUGAUCAGAUAACAAUAUAAAACAAUAUUAUAUUGAUUAAAAGUAAGACAUGGGAUUGUUCAUUAUGAAGAUGUGCAACAAAUGCAAUUACCUU